ACAAUUCUGACCAGCUCCUCUGCCAUGGUAAAAAUUUAGCUCUAGUCGUAGUCCCCUGCACACAGACUCUUCAUCUUUAUAGCCUCUGAAACUCUUCUCUCGGUCUCUUCUGGCUGCCCAUUCGCCAAAGCUUGGCUCGUCACGUGCUCUCUCUGUGACCCCAACCAAAACCCAAACAAACCAAUACUGCACAGUUCUACCAGAAAAAGCUUGAAAGCUCUCUCUUUGAGACUAUUUAUAUAAGCGUAAAGACCAAAUCAGACUAACCCCGUCUCCCUUUUACUCUUUCUCUUUCUCUUUCUCUUUCUCUCUGAGGCCUCUUCUGCUGUGUUACUAUGGAAGCUCUCAGCUUUAUAAAGUUCUGGAGGCCCCCCACCACCACCACAACUGCUAGUAACGGUGAUGGUGUUGAAGUUUCUAAUGUUGUUGUGGGCUCGGAGUGUGAAUUGGUGGAUGAAGGGGAUGACUCUUUCUUUGAAUUGGAGCUUACUUUAUCUGAUUUUGACAGCAAGAGAAACAACGGCAAUGGAGGCAACAGUGAAGAACAAGUCCACUAUUCUGCAGGCCAUGACGGAGAAUUGAAGAUUUCAUCUUCGAGUGAUGUCUUGUCAAAGAGAAAGAUCCUUCCUAUAGAGCCGACUUCUUCAUCGAAACCUCAGACUCCAAUCGCAUUGCUGAAAUCAGCUCCAAAGCUUCGUGUUUCCAUCUUCAAUAAAUCGAAAUCAAUGGCGGCGACGCUCAGAGCAGAGAAAACAGGGACCACAGCCUCCACUUCCAAACAGGAGAAGCGAGAAACUAAUAAGCUUUUUACUGUCAAAUUCAAAGUCGAAGAAAUUUCGAAUCUUUCAAUGUUUACAAGAGCUUGCAGUUUGAGAAAACCAAAAAAUACAACAGAAGGCUCAUCGUCUUCAUCGUUGCCAAAGAGAUUAUCCAAAGAUGUGAUACAGAAAUACUUGAAGCUCAUUAAACAAUCAUAUUUCAAAGUCUCAAAAACGAAGAAUGGGAAGAUGGGGUUUUCUGGGCAGUUAACAGAGGCUUCCCCGACAUCAUCUCCGGCAACUUUCCCGGUGCGUUCUCCGAUGAAGGAGAGAAAUUCUUCGGGAGGGUUCCGAGUUAUGAAUAGGCAUCUGGGAAAGAGUAAAUCAGCUUCAGCAACAGUUUCAUCGCCGGUCAGAAGAGACGACUCUCUGUUACUUCAACAUGAUGGGAUUCAAAGCGCCAUUCUUCAUUGCAAAAAGUCUUUCAACUCUUCAAGAGAUUCUUCUUCUUUUUCAAGAUCUACAAGUAGCAGUUCUUCACAGGGAACUCUGAGUUACCUAUCAUCAAGAGAUGCUUCUCUGUUUCCAAGAUUCAGCAGUGCUUCAUCCUGCGAGGAAAUCAUUUCAGCUAGAAGAUCAAACGAUGAAGGAAUCUAAGCGGGAAAAAAAACAGUCUGCCAAAUCUCAUUGAAAGGAAUCCAAUCCACACAUAACAAAAAAGAAAGAAAAGAAAAUUGCAUAGGAGAAGAAUAUGAUUCUAUUUUCAUUUUUAAUAUUUAGUUUGGAGUAAUGUGUAAUGCAUGAAUAUAAUGAUUAUGACUAGUGAGAAGAAGAGAGAAUUUGGUGCUGUUGUUGCGUGUAUAGUGAUGGGUCAUUAUGAAAAAUUUGAAACAGAAUCCUUAUUUGGAUCUUCUGUUGAUCUUUC